CACGGUCCACCGAAAGCGAUUGAAGCGGUCCCGAGUUAUUGAACGAUUGAUGCAGACCGACGUUAAGCUAAAUGCACAUAAUGCUGCAUGUUUGACGGGAGUGCAUCUCCUAUAAUCACAGCUGUAGUAUAUCCGGCGUUACCACAGUUUCUACCUGUUCGACCGGACAUUUGAACACAAACACACCGUUGAGAGAAUGAACGCGCCAUAUCCGACACAGAAUCCCUGUUACACGGACAUCAAGCAGGGCAUCCUUUCCUACACGCUACCCUUGCGUACAGAUUUAAGCGAUAUUCCGGGGCCGCCUAUGAGCUUGCUGCCUGCACCGCCCACCAGCUUACUACCGAACACGGACAAAUCCUCGUCCACCUCCAGCCAGAAGAAAAAACGCCGCGCGUACGUAAACGAAAGCGAAGAAGCUCGGGCCCGACGACUAGCGCGCAACGCCGAAAGAAUGCGUCAGAAGCGUGCCAGCGAGACGGAAGAGGAAUACCGCCAGCGGUUGGCAAAAAAUGCAGAGAGCAAUCGGCGAAAGCGUCAAAAUGAGACUGACCUGGAACGCACCAUCCGCCAUGCACGCAGUGCGGCAAGGGAACGGCUACGACGGGCAAUGGAAACCCCCGAGCAGAGGGCUGUGCGAUUAGCGAAGCUGGCCGAACGGAUGCGAAUUGCACGGGCGAACGAAACACCCGAACAGCGAGCGAUCCGGUUGGCAAAGAACGCGGCCAAAGCAAAAGAACGGCUGCUGAAGGAAUCGCCCGAACAGUGGAUCGAGCGGAAGCGAAAGAAAGCGGAAUACGCGCGUCGCAAACGGAGCGGCAAUCCCAGCUCGGCAGGAAGUAGCAGCAGUAAUGAUGCAGCCAUACACAGCACUCUUGCCUCGCCCGACCUUUCCUUCAGCCAGGUAGCGAACAGCCAUAGCUACGUGCCCGACCUUGGGCACGGGGUGCCACCCGACGUGAAAGACAUAAAGCUGAUAGCGUCGCCCAAGCAAAACCACGCGCAUCAGCAACCCGAACAGAUCUACAGCACACCUCAUCUGCCGUUCAUGGAGCACCACGAGACAAAGGCGUCCGAGUUUCUGCCGGGAGGCGCCCAUCAUCCGGGAGCGGCCGGGCUACAUCCGGACCUGUCCUGUCCAAACAAUCUGCUAAAGUUUCACGUGCUACCCUACUCACUUCCACCCGGUGCAGUAACGACAACGGCUGGUCCGGGCAUGCAUCAUCCUGGACAUGCGGAGUACAAGAGCAAAUGUGACGACGCACGGGAGAAGAGGCUGGCCCGGAACGCGGAGCGUAUGCGCCAAAAGCGGGCUAUGGAAACGGAGGAGCAGAGCCGCAAACGUAUGGCCGAAAACGCAGAACGCAUGCGAAGGAAACGUGCGGCAGAAACGGAGGAAGAGUAUCGAGCGAGAAUGGAGCGGAACGCGGCCUUCAAAAUGACCGACGAGUAUCGGCGUCGUCUGAUCGAAAAUGCUGAACGCAACCGACGAAGGCGUCAGAACGAAACGGAGCUGGAGCGCAGCAUACGGAGGGCACGGAGCGCCGCACGUGAGCGGUUACGCCGUGCGAUGGAAACACCGGAACAGCGUGCGAUACGGUUGGCCAAGCUGGCCGAACGGAUGCGCAUUACGCGCGAACGACUGUGGACAACGAUGGAAACACCGGAACAGCGGGCAGAACGGUUGGCGAAGCUGGCCGAACGGAUGCGGUACGCACGGGCGAACGAAACACCGGAACAGCGCGCAAACCGGUUGGCAAAGAAUGCGGCCCGGGCACGCCAACGCUUCCUUAACGAAUCUCCCGAACAGUGGAUCGAGCGGAAGCGGAAAAAGGCAGAAUACGCGCGACAAAAACGAGCGGCAGCCGCUGCUGUGGGCGGCGUCGGCAAUGGUAGCGUACCGGCAGGCCGGAUACCACCCGGUGUACCAGUCAGUCACGCAAGCGGCUUGCAGCAACACACAGCGAUUGGGUUUCCGGGCCAUGCACCCACCACGCUGCCGGAAACCAUUCUACACACGAGCGGGCCACAGCAGCCCUCCAGCAGUAGUAGCGCGAGCAGUGGAGCAGCUCCAUCAUUCGUGCUGAGUGCGAAGGACAUCAGCAAGGGAUCGAAGCACGGGACAUCGAGUGGAUCGUUGCAGUCCUUGCAGCCGGAACAAAUAUACAGCACACCACAGGUUAUACUCAGCGGAGGUGAUUUUAAGCCACAUGAGCUGCUGAACGGACAACAUUUGGUGAUGCAGACGGAUGCAAACUAUCCCAGCAAUCUAUACAAACUGCACAUACUUCCGUACCCGUUUCCUACGUCCACGGCAUCGGGUACGUCGUCGCACAUGGAUCAAACGAGCUCGUACAAAACUAAAACGCACCACCAGCUAAUAAAUAUGAAUGGAUUCUUUCAGAUCAAUCCAUACUAUAAUGACAUUAAGCAGGAAAUCGUGGCCCCGUACGCAGCAGCAGCAGCACCUGUCGUUGCUUCCACCUUGCCAAUACCGAACGGCGCUCCCCCGCAGACGUCCAGCGACGGUGCCGGUGACGAGCGCUCCCUAAGCAUCAUUCAUCACUCGCUGUCCAAAAGCCAGCGACGGUUUCUGCACGAGAGCCCGGAAGCCCGUGCCAAGCGGCUGGCCCGGAACGCGGAGCGAAUGCGCCAAAAGCGCGCGGCAGAAUCGACCGACGAGUAUCGCAAGCGGAUGGCACAGAACGCGGAAAGGAUGCGGAAAAAGCGUGCCGCCGAAACGGAGGACGAGUAUCGGAACAGGAUGCAGCGUAAUGCGGACAGCAAAUCAAGCGACGAGUACCAGAUACGGUUAGCCAAGAACGCUGAACGGAACCGGCUCCGGAGGCAAAACGAGACUGAUAUCGAGCGAAGCAUACGGCGGGCCCGUAGUGCGGCGCGCGAGCGGUUACGCCGUGCGAUGGAAACGCCGGAACAGCGAGCAAUCCGAUUGGCCAAGCUGGCCGAACGGAUGCGAAUUUCCCGCGCCAACGAAACGCCCCAGCAGCGUGCGCUAAGGCUCGCAAAAAAUGCGGCCAAAGCUAAGGAGCGCCUGCUAAACGAAACGCCCGAACAGUGGAUCGAGCGAAAGCGGAAAAAGGCGGAGUACGCGCGACAGAAGCGUAGUGCCGCCGCGGUUGCCGCUAAACUAGGCCUACCGACAACCGGUAACUCCUGCAGCAGCAAUGCCAGUUCCACCAGCCUUAGCGUACCGUCGACGCCCGGCGGUACGGUAACGUUUACCCAUGCGCCGACCACAACCGCGACGUACAAUCUAGAACCGUCGCAAACAUCGCUCGUUUCGCUGGCGACGACGGACCUGAAGGACAUUAAGCUAAUAGCAGCACAAAAACCCGGCCCAAUGCUGCAACUGCCGGAGCAACUGUACGCUACUACGUCCCACAUUCCCUUCAACGGGACCGACCUGAAACCGCCUGAAUUUUUAACCAGCAAUAGCCAACCGGGCCCGCCUCACAUUAUGCAGCCGGAGUUGUACAAGUUCCACAUACUGCCGUACACGUUCUCUCCCACGGCCGGUGCCGUGCACCCGACGCAAGCGGAUUACAAAGGCAAAUAG